UGGAAUGAACUUAGGAUGUAAAAUGCUUGGCGGCAAGCCACGCGCCAUCUAUCCGUCACGUAGUUAGCACCUUGUUAGUAGGUACCUCAUACGACGUAGUGAGUUACAUGUUUCGACAGUUGACUACGACAACACAGAACAAUGAUGCCGCUGAACUUCGACAGGCUCAUUUGUAGCAAUUGAAGCAAUCCUGCCUCUUGCAUUUGGUCGCUCCUUCCUGUCGAAACGAUAUCACUUCCACCGCAAUGCCGCCUCCACGAAUAACCAUGUCCGGCUUCCUCUCACGAUUUCGACCUCUAAGAUCGGGCUUUCAAUUUCCUGCAAUUCACAAGCCUCACCAUUCGGGACGUCCUAAUGGCCACAAAGAGCUCACAAUGUUUGGCGUUCUGGUGCGCAGCGCCCAGGGUUUCCUCGCAUUCCACAUCAUAACAAGAUAUUUCGUUGGUGUACAAAGCACUGUCGGAAUUUCCAUGAUGCCAACUAUUCCGCACUCAUAUCGCUCCCAUCCGUUAAUCCUCGUCUCGAAAUUACAUCGUCGGGGUCGAAAUCUGAAAGUCGGCGACAUAGUCGUAUAUGCGCAUCCGAUGGUUGAUAAAGCACAAGGCGCAAAGCGUAUAGUAGGCAUGCCUGGAGACUAUGUAUCUGUGGUGAGCCCGGGGAAAAGCGGAGAGGAUAUAGAAGAGGCCGAGCUAGUCAAGAGCCGAAUUCGCGAGGAGUUGGUCAGAGUGCCGGACGGUCACUGCUGGCUUGCUGGUGAUAACCUUGAAUGGAGUCGUGACAGUAGAAUGUUCGGCCCAGUCCCCUUGGCACUAAUCAAGGGAAAGGUGCUCGCAGUCAUCUCACCAUGGAGUGAUAGAAAAUGGCUCCGUGAUUCGCUCACAGAUUCCAAUUUUGAAGAACACGAGGUGGUCCUGCAACGAUGACACAGUAUUGUCUGCUUUCCACGUAGACGGAGUUGUUUCGUGAAAUUCUGGAUACUCCCAGAAAUGCAUCACAGGCCAAGCAGUUGUCAGCUUGAUCAUGCAAACAUAAUCAUGACGCCGGCGCGAAGCUGCUUGGAUCAUGCAACAGCAGCGCCUAAUAAUCUAACUACCAAGACUUUGAAGUCUUAAUAAAUUCGUAGCUCUGCUACGAGUGAAGAGAAAUAAAACUUUAAACACCGUCGGCA